AUGUGUGUGUGUGUGUUUCAGUGUGACGAGUAUCAGCAGGGCGUUCUGAGCGGUGACCUCUGUGAUGACCUCUGCGUGGCCGGUCGCGUGGAAUACAAACGUUGCCUUUAUUACGAGAAUGGCAAGAAGGUGAUGGCGGCCAGCUGGCGCGGGGUGCCUGUCGUCCUCAAGUCCAAGCUGGAGAACUUCUCCUCCUACGAGGCUUUAGCUCUGCUGGAGUACCAGGACGGGGCCGGGGGAACGGGCGAGGAGGAGCUCUCGCCUCUGGAUGUGGUCUUCUACGCCACCCUGGAGAUCAAGAACUCGCUCGGCCUGGAGACGGGAACUAACUUGACGCUGCCCCGCUUGUGGGGUCAGAAGCUGAAGGAGAGCGAGCGCACGUACUCGCGAGCUGAGCUGGCCUCGCUCUGGGCUCUCCUUCAGCAGGAGGAGUACAUCUUCCUCAGGGUCCUGCAGGAUUUGACGCACCACGUGGCCAAGAUCCUGGGCUCCUGUGGACACUUCUAUGCCGUGGAGUUCUUGGCCGCCGGACACGCAUGGGACCAACAAAUCUUCUCUCUGGAGGAACUGAGCGCCUCGCCGAGCCCCGGGAGCGGACGGGACGAGAUGUUCACCGCCGGGGACAUGGUUCCCCGAGUGGCUCUGAGCUUUCUGGAGAUGGUGGAGCAUUUCGAGAAUGACUUUUCACACCGCUUACACCUCUGUGAUAUCAAACCGGAGAACUUUGCCAUCAGGAAGGACCUGACGGUGGUGGCAAUAGAUGUGGACAUGGCUUUUUUCGAGCCCAAAAUGAGAGACAUACUUGAGCAGAACUGCACCAGUGACAACGACUGCAACUUCUUUGACUGCAUUUCCAAGUGUGACAGAACUAAAAACAGAUGCGGGCCGAAACGCCAAAACAGUAAUCUUCAGGUGAUCUGUGAGAAGAUCUUCAGGCCGUGGUUUUCUCCCACGCUGCUGGGCGCUAAAGCGGGUCUCCCCCUGCAGGUGGCGCUGCAGAGAGCCGUUCAGGAGUGCGCGGAGAUCGGUGAGGGCAGGCGGGCCGUGAGACAGCGGCUUCGGGCUCUGCUCGUGGAGCUCGCUCAGGAGGACUCGGGAAACCAGGCGGAAGGCCAGGAACACAAGAUGGGACGCGUCCACACGGCACUUAACUUCUAAAUAAACUCUCCAAAGAGCAAAUUGAGUCAUGUGCAAUUCUGGAGAGCAUCUCAGAUGACUAUAAAACCAACGCGCACAAUCACCAGAUUACAACACGUCACUUACAACCCAAUUCGUGGUAUUUUACGAGGUGGCUAAUUCGUACGAAUGACCUACCUCUGAAUCUGACAAAUCGGUAUGAGUGAGGUCUUACAAAAUUAGCCACCUUUUAGUCGCUCGUACGAAUUGGUCGUGAGAUAGCGUUGUCACUUCUCAGACAUUCCACGACCGGAGAAACGUCCAAACAACUUGAUCUAAUUGACCUAUGGAUAAGCCACGCCCCCUCCACUCACUCUGACACAGAGUCAACAUUCGGGGACUGGCAGCGGUCACAGUAGGAGACAUUUCACAGGAGGCCAUUGGUGAUUUAUGGAGACAGAAAGAUCUGGAAGUCACCUAAAGGGCAUAACUAUGCAUUGGAGUGUUAUAUUAUUAAUUUUAUUGUUGAGAAGGUCGAUG